UGCGCUUGUAACUAGACGAGUUAACUAAAUCGAGUCUAAUAUUUGUGAGCGUUGUAGGCGUUGUCGUUUUUCAGCAGCGACCGCUGCCUCUUCAAUUCGUCGUUGACUUUUAUUUAUUUAACUUUUAUUUGCUCGUACAAACUGGUGUAUGAACUAAGCGCCAGCGGAACUAACAUUAAAGUGUGACGCGCAUUGAGAGUGUGGAAGCCCUAAACGAGUAGAGGGAACCGCGCGUGUAUUUAUGUAUGUGAAGACCAAAAUUAUAGACGUGUGAGUGCCAUCCCAAAAAUACAAAAGAAGUGCCAAGAAGUGAAAGUUUGUAGUGAUUACAAAAAGUUGUGAAAUUAAAGAACAUUUUUAUAUCAGUUUCAAAAUUAAGUUUAGUGGGAACGAAUACUGGAAUGUGAAUUUUAGUAAAAAAGAGGUAAUUAACGCUCCGACUAUUUUGUCAGACAUCGCGGUUGAAAUGCUGCUAGCACGUGUUGCAUGAACAACUGUUAUCCGUAAGAGUACCGUCAACAAACGUCAAUAAGUGGAUGCACCCGAAAGCAUUUAGUGUUAGAAUGCCCGAUCGACGGCCAACAAGUCUACAUCCGUUGGAUGCGGAGCGACUGCUCGGCAUUUUUCUAGCGCUUAUCGUGCUCGCACCUUUUGCGGCAGCCUGCUCCAGCCGUGCCAUACAGAAGCCACCUUCGCCGCCUUUGCCAACUGCAGGAGCAGUUGAAGUUCCCACCACAUCACGCCCCAACAUCACAUUCCCCAUUUACAGUUGCCCGCCCACCUAUGCCGCCUGGUACUGCUUGAAUGACGCCACCUGCUUUACCGUUGAAAUCCACAAUGAAAUUCUCUACAACUGCGAGUGCGCAGCUGGCUUUAUGGGUCCACGUUGUGAGUACAAAGAAAUCGACGGUUCAUAUUUGCCGACAAGGCAGCGUGCCAUGCUCGAAACCGCCAGCAUUGCGAGUGGUGCCACAUUGGCUUUGCUCGUGGUUGUUAUACUGUGUCUGAUGUGGUAUAUUCGCUACGACAAACAACGCCAAAAGCUGAAUGAGAGCGCCGAGAUGGCUCACGACAACGAAGGCCUGGACGAAGUGGAUGGUAUGACGCGUUUGCCGGAACGUCGACCCUUCGGUGAACAUCACUACAAAACGCUUCCACUGGCGGCUGCCUUUAAACGAUAACUUACAUAA